AUGAAUAUCAUAUCCAUUAUUCUGUUGUUAUGGCGCAUAAUAAUACUAAGUUGUUGCUAUGGAGCUGCAACAACUAGUGCAGCAUCAUGGCCUAUAGCAAAGCCUAAUUGCACAACGCAUUGUGGAGAUGUUGCCAUCCCAUACCCUUUCGGGAUUGGACCUAGCAAAGAUUGUUACUUGGAUAAAUGGUUUCAAAUAGACUGCAGGCACAACAACUCUACAACCUCAGCUAAUUACAGCAGGCAAGUGCCUUUCCUCAAGAGCGUCAACCUGGAGCUGCUAAGUAUUUCUCCGUUUGAAGAUGGCGGUGGCACGCAAUCGGUUCAGGUUAAGAACCCUAUUACUUUCUUCAGUUGCGAAGGAAAUGAAACUCGCCAACCCCAGAAUUUGAAGGGCAGUCCUUUCAUCUACUCUCAGAGAGACAACGUAUUCAUUGCUGUUGGUUGUGACCUCUUGGCCCGUAUGAGCUCAGAUUAUGGGACUGUCGCUGUAUGCGGGACGAUUUGUCGAAACACUACAGACGGCGGCAGGGGCGACUGCUAUGACAGUAAUGGCUGUUGCCGAGGUAUUCUUCCAACAUACGAACUCACCAAUUUUAGUAUUGAUGAGAUACCAUCAAAUUCAUCAACAUCAGAUGCAAAGGACGAUUGCAAGUACGCAUUUUUGGUUGAUAAAUUUUGGUUUGCGGAUAACUUAACGAAUUUUCGAGACGUGAAGGAUAUGGACAGCGUUCCUGUGGUGCUAGACUGGAUGUUAAACGUACAUGACUAUGAUAUUGAUGAAUGCAAAGGCAGUAAUCUCUGUGAAGGCGGUGUAUGUGAGAAUUUUGCGGGGGGUUAUAGUUGCUACUCAAAUAUAACUGGCAGUAGAUGUACGCAUUUAGCUUCGGACCUUGCUGUCGGUAAUACUACUACAUGCCACUUCAGGACCACAUCUGAAAGAGAAAUCAAAACUAUUAUGUUAGGUCUUGGCUCCGGUGUUGGGCUAUUGUUACUACUCAAUGGUGCAUGGUUGGUACACAAAAUCGUGAAGAUAAAGAAAACCAUUGCACGCAAGAAAAUUUUUUUCAAACGAAAUGGUGGUUUAUUGUUAAAGCAACAGUUAUCGUCAGGCAAAGUUAAUGUUGACAAAAUCAAGUUAUUCAAUUCAAAUGAAUUAGAAAUGGCCACCAACAAUUUUAGUAUUGAUAGAAUUCUUGGUCAGGGAGGUCAAGGUACCGUUUACAAAGGCAUGUUGGCGGAUGGAAAAAUUGUUGCGGUAAAGAAGUCCAAAAUGGUGGACAAAAGCAUGCUCUCGGAAUUCAUCAAUGAGGUUGUAAUUCUUUCACAAAUCAACCACAGAAAUGUGGUUCAAAUUAUGGGUUGUUGUUUAGAGACCGAAGUUCCACUUUUGGUCUACGAAUUCAUUCCGAAUGGAACUCUUUCUCAAUAUAUCCAAGGGCAGAUUGAGGAAUUCCCACUCACAUGGGAAAGGCGGUUGCAAAUUGCAACAGAAGUUGCAGGAGCUCUUUCGUACUUACAUGGUGCAGCUUCCGUUCCCAUAUAUCAUAGAGACAUCAAGUCUGCCAACAUACUUUUGGAUGGAAAAUACAGAGCAAAAAUUGCUGAUUUUGGAACUUCAAGAUCAAUUUCCAUUGAUCAAACUCAUCUAACCACACGUGUACAUGGAACAUUUGGUUACUUGGACCCAGAGUACUUUCAAUCAAGCCAAUUUACGGAGAAAAGUGACGUCUAUAGCUUUGGAGUGGUCCUUGUUGAGCUCUUGACAGGGCAAAAACCAAUUUCUGCAGUAACAUGGUCACAAGAAGAAGAAUACAGAAGCCUUGCCGCAUAUUUCAUUACCUCGAUGCAAGAAGAUCGUCUGUUUAACAUUGUUGAUGCUCGAGUUCUGAAGGAGGGCUGUGAAACAGAAAUCCAGGUUGUCGCUAACCUUGCAAGGAGAUGCUUGAAUUUGAACGGAAGAAACCGUCCUGCAAUGAGAGAGGUUACAUCAGAACUAGAGGCUGUACAAAUGUCAAGAAAACCUUCCAUUAGUGUUGAGCAAAAUUCUGAAGGGGUUGAUUUUGUAGAAGAUGAUGCAGUUGGGCAUUGGGAUGUUGAAUCACUUUCAGAAGUGUCGGCUAGCUACUAA